AUGACGAUUCCAAAUGAUGAUUCGACAACAAAACAACGAUGGAUUCAUCUCCGUCGUAUUCUUGAACGAGCUGGACCUUUUAAAGAUCCAAAUUUUGAACCAUCUACUGAGCUUUUAACAGCUAUUGAAUCUGUUAGAAUAUUAAUUAUUGGUGCGGGCGGUUUGGGUUGUGAAUUAUUAAAAGAUUUGGCUUUAAUGGGUUUCUGUCAAAUUGAUAUAAUUGAUAUGGAUACAGUUGAUUUAGCUAAUUUAAAUCGUCAAUUUUUAUUCACUAAAGCUGAUAUAGGUAAAUCAAAAGCUGAAGUUGCUGCAAAAUUUAUUAUGAAUCGUAUACCAACUUGUAAAGUUACACCAUAUAUGAAGAAAAUACAAGACUUUGAUUCAUCAUUUUAUUCUCAGUUUCGAAUUAUUGUUUGUGGUCUAGAUUCUGUUGUUGCUCGUCGAUGGAUCAAUAGUAUGCUAGUUAGUAUGCUCGAAUAUGACGAAAACAAUCAAGUUAUACCAUCUUCAAUAAUACCUCUUCUUGAUGGUGGCACAGAAGGAUUCAAAGGCAAUGCACGAGUUAUCAUGCAUGGAUAUACUAGUUGUAUUGAAUGUACAUUGGAUUUAUUUCCUCCACAAGUUAAUUUUCCUCAAUGUACAAUUGCCAAUAAUCCACGUUUACCUGAACAUUGUGUUGAAUGGGUUACAAGUCUUCUUUGGCCGAAAGAACAACCAUUUGGUCCAGAUGUUAAUAUCGAUGGUGAUAGUGUUGAACAUAUUCAAUGGAUAGUUGAACAUGCAACAAAACGAGCUCAUGAUCAUAAUAUAACUGGUAUUAAUUUUCGAUUUACACAAGGUGUUGUUAAGCGUAUUAUACCAGCUGUUGCAUCAACAAAUGCUGUUAUUGCAUCGAUUUGUGCAACAGAAGUUUUUAAAUUAGCUACUUCAUCGGUUAUGCUUAUGAAUAAUUAUACCAUGUUUAAUGAUAUUGAAGGAAUAUAUAUGCUUACAUAUCCACCUGAAAAAAGAGAUGAUUGUCCAGUAUGUUCAAAUGUUCCUGUACGCAUACAGAUGAAUGAAACAGCAAAAUUUCAAGAACUUGUUGAUUUAAUUAUUGAAAAAUAUCAAUUAACUGCUCCAUUAAUCUUGGCGUCAAUUCAUGGAAAUUUGAAGACUUUAUACAUGACAAGUACAGAACAAAUGCGCCAAGAAACGACACCUCAUCUCAGGAUGACAUUACAAGAACUUGGAUUAACCAAUGGCACAGAAAUGUUAGUUGGGGAUCCAACACGAGCAUCGUCAUUGCGUGUGAUAGUUUCAUUAACUAGUUCAAUGGAAACUGCAACAACGAAAUGA